GAGGAGGAUGGGGAGGAGGACGGGUCCGGCCGGCUGCCCAUGCUGCCCCCGAUCGCCCCAGGCCCUCAGGACUCCGGAAACAAGAGGAAAAAGAAGAAAAAGAAGAAGAAGAAGAAGAGGCCGAGCCGGGCGUUGGCUGGAGAAGGGGGCAGAGACAGGCGAGACAGAGACAGGCGAGACAGAGACAGGCGAGACAGAGAUCCAGGGGCCGGGGGAGGCGGCCCGCCCUCCCCCAGCGCCCAGCCAGAUAAACAUCAAAGCAAAAGCUGGAAGGAUCAGACCCCCUCUUUAUCCGCUCAUGAAAUGUUAAAACCCUGCAAGGCUUCUGACUCCAAACAAGAGACCACAAAGGAGAUUAAAACGAAUAAAGAGGAUAACAAACAUAUUUCUACGCCCACGAAUUCUUGCUCUACCCAAAUAGUCCAGAACCUCUCUGACCAGAUCAAUGAAAGCCUCCGUUGGGAUGGAAUGCUUGAAGACCCCGUGGCAGAGGAAGAAAGGAUUCGGAUAUAUAAACAGAAUAGAAGAAAACGCUACAGAAUUUAUGCCUUGGAAAGCAUGUGCUCCGGUCCGCUCGACACAGUGGGAAGUCAUGGGAUCCUUCCCUGCCUUCAAAAGAAUGAAUCUCGCACGAACGGCAGUCAGCCGGUAUUCAAGACAGACCACCCCAAAGCUUACUUUGGGGGAAACCCAGGCCAGAAGGACCUGAUCUGAAGCCUUCAGCACUAGCCAGUGUCUCAUGAAUUGUGUCUUUUUUUCCCGUCAUCAAUUUUACUUGUUUUAAAAAUAAAGACCAGUCCUCUCUCGGAAG